AUGGCUGGACAAGCGCUGGCUGCUGUCGGACAACCGUUCUUCACUGACAUGCCGCCAAAGAUCGCGGCAGAUUGGUUCCCUGCCUACCAGCGUGUGCUGGCAGACACGCUGGCUUCGCUUUCAAUUUCUGUUGGCGCAGCCGUGGGAUUCAUACUGCCGGCGACGCUGGGCCUUCGUCAGAUGCUUUACCUCCACCUCGCCUGGUCGGCUUUGUCUCUUGCCCUCACCUUCCUCUUCUUUCGUGCGGCACCGGCCACGCCGCCGAGCCCCAAGAAGCACCACGAGGGAAACGCUCGCCAGGGCAAGUCCUUCGGCCUGGAGCUGGCAGCGGCACUGUCCAACGGCAACUUGUGGUGCCUGAUCUUGUCCUUCAGCUGCAGUCUGGGGUCUUUCAACACCUUGAGCACCCUCGCUGCCCAGCUCGUGGGCCCGUUUGGGUACAGCGCCGAUGAUGCCUCCAUCUUCGGGGUGGCUUGCACGAUCUGUGGUGUCCUCGGGGCUCUUGUUAUGUCCGUCAUCGUAGGCUUGACUGGGAAGCACAAGCCUGUCCUCACCACGUGCUGUGUGCUUUGCGUGCUCUUCGCGCUCCUUGCUGCUCUGACGGUGAUCUACGUGGGCGAUGGACCGGGCGGUUUGGAGCUUCUAGUCUUGGCCUUCGGAGGCCUUGGCUUCUCUGCAAUGCCCUUGAUGCCUAUCUCCUUCGAGGCGGCCAUCAUGGUCAGCCAGGCCGGUGAGGGCACACUGGCCGGCCUCUGCAUGUCCGGCGGCCAGAUCCUGGGCAUAGGUCAAACAUUGAUCCUUGGACAGCUCGUACAGAGCGGCCACCCGAAGAUAGUGUGGAUCAUCUCGGGUGGGUUGUUUUGCGUGGCCUUGCUCGCUGUGAGUUUGUUCGCCCCGAGAAGCAACUCCUUCCACUUGCCUCUUCCGGAAGAGUCCGAUGUUGAAGAGUCUCGGACUUCCUGCUCCUCAUGA